AUGAAGUAGUCCAGCGAAUGUUGCGACACCUUGCAACACAUUCUUUUUAAAUAGACAAAGAACUACAAUUACAGUGAGGCGCGAGGAGCAGCUUUAGCAUCAGUGCCUUAUCUUAAAGCAACAACCAAGGUUGAGUGAGGUUGGAAGCAGGGAGUAGCAGGACUUAAGGCCUGGAUUUGGCGGCCGGAAGGAAGGAGCAGCGUGGCAUCCCUCUCCUCCUCUCAUGUCCCCUCCCUGUGUGUCCUUGCAUGUCAGUGCCCCCUCGUCAUCCCCCCUGUGUCUCCCCCUGCCAGCCCUCUGUGUUCCUCCCCCUCAUGCUUGGGACAGACUGGCCUCACUGUCAGACCAAUGACUGCCUGGAUCAUACUGCCUGUCAGCCUGGCUGCCUUUUCUAUCACUGGGAUAUGGAUAGUAUAUGCCAUGGCUGUAAUGAACCACCAUGUUUGUCCUGUCGAGAACUGGUCAUACAAUGUAACAUGCACAGAGGAAACGGCCAAACCGGGCUUCCCAAAAACAUGCUGCACCAUUCAAGACAUCCCCCUCAUCAGUAAAUGUGGAUCUUACCCUCCCGAGAGCUGUCUGUUCAGUCUCAUUGGUAAUGUGGGAGCUUUCAUGGUGGUGUUGGUGUGUCUGCUACGGUAUGCUCAGAUCAUCGAGCACAGGAACCACUGCUGGCUCAACACCAGCGGACUUGUCUCUGGAUGCACCAACGCUGUGGGACUGGUCAUGGUGGGCAACUUCCAGGUGGACCACGCUAAAACACUUCACUAUGUAGGUGCGGGCGCCGCCUUCCCAGCAGGCAUUCUGUUCGUGUGUUUGCAGUGUUUGCUGACCUACCGGGUGGCUGUUACAGCUCUGGACUACUGGAUGGCUCACAUGCGUGUGGCACUGGCUUCUGGUGCUCUCAUCGCACUGGUUCUCAGUGGGAUAUUCUUCAUCCACGAGAGCUUUGUCUUACAACACGCAGCGGCCAUCUGUGAGUGGGUCUUCACUGUGGUCAUCCUCGUGUUCUACGGGACUUUCACCUAUGAGUUCGGCACUGUCACCACCGAGACCAUGUUGGCCGGCCUCCAGCGGAACCUCUCGCACGGGCCCGGCAUCAUGAUCGGAGACGAUGUCCAAGCAGACACCCUGGGAAGCGCCAGCACAAAGGGUUUGAAAUCUCCAGGAGGAAGCAGCACCUCCACACAUCUGAACUGCACUCCUGAGAACAUCGCAAUGCUUUAAACACAUCAGCACACACGGUCACAUACUGCCAGGUGGGAAGCCUCACGAUGGUGCACCCUGCGUUUAAGACCACACUUGGGCUGAGAUUAAAGUGAUUUAGAGGAACCGUCCAGUCUGAGUCGAGGCAGGUUAAUCGGGUUGGUUAAUCGAGUUUACAAGUGUGACUGUUGUAUACUACCAUUUCAUAUUUUACGUUUCGUCUGAUAAAUUUGUCUUUAUUUUUAGUCCUGUUAUGUCUUGCGAGAAGCUUCUGUUGGGUUGUUUGUGGGUGAGAAGGACAGAAUGAGCAUUUUUUUUUUUUUAAAGAAAGGGGAUUUUAGCUCCACUUUAAGGUUGUUGUUAGCCUGAAGUGUUGCACUGGGCGAUGGGGUCAAUUUUUACUGUCACGUUUGCACAUGUUUCAGGGGUAUCUCUUUUAGAGCUUGCUACUGUUUGCCCACUUAUUGUUGCAAAUUGAUGAUUUGCACGUAACACAUCGAAUGAACUUUGAAGAUUUAAGUUCGUUUCACUUUUAUUUGGAAUUGCAGACUAUCAGGAUCCGAGUAUUCUCAUUUUUGGAACGUGAAUGUCUAAGAUAUGGAUUGAACUAUAUAGCCUUUGAGCACCUAAGAAAAUACUUUUUAAUUGAAAUCUAACUUAUAAAAUUAAGUCUCAUUCACCCAUUUUUUUUGUAAUGGUGGCCUUUUUAAAGAUGCAGUGGGUAAAUGUUUCGUCAUGCUGGCUUUCUUCUGUCCUGUUUCAUGCUUGUUUUUAGUCCCUGACGAGGUGGGUUUUGUAAAUUUCGAGCAGGAGGAAGUGAUGUAAGGUGACACCAGCUCUAUCCUUGCCUUCCUGGUCAGUUGAUUAGUUGUGGAAUAAGUAUAUUCACAUUGACUGUACAUGUACUUUUUUAUAUAUAUUUUUAAAUCAAAUUUGAGCUUUUUUUCUUCUGUCAAGGGCCAUAUAACCACUCCAAAAAUGCCACAUCUAUUCAGCGUUUUACAUUGUAGUUUUACUUACAUAUCUUUGCUGAUUGUUUUGUGAAUCACGGUGACAUAACCAAUCCAACUGGUGUGAAAAGUGAUUAUUUUAUUUUUAUUUUUUUUACACAUAAGCAGUGCAUCAGUUUUUGUUUUUCUCUGUUGCCAAAGGAUGCAUUUAAAAAUAUGUACUGUAUGCCUUUGAUUCAUUAACUUUGAUUCAUUGUUUUUUGUGUGUGUAGCAGGACACAUAGCCACUGAGAGACAGUACUGCAAUUUAAAAAAAAUUGAAACGAUUAAAUGAAUGAAACUGAUUGGUCUCCAGGCUGGAACCUAGGAAACCGCGUUUAAACUUCCUGAGGGUUGAGUGGUUAUGGUGGCCUUAAUGUUGCUGUAGUAUUUGUGUGAUGUUUAUAAUUCAGGCUGUCAAUCAAAGGGGCUGUAUUGCUUUUAAAGUGACUCCAGAUUUAUUGUGCUUUAACAUUUAUAUUUUACACAGAAAUGUGCCAGUUAUGGUCUGUUUGUUUGUUGCCCUUCAAUGGGACAGGUUUUCAUGCCAAUGAUUAGGUCUCUAGGCAUCAUACAUGUUUAUCUCUGUUGACUCCACUAUUAUUGGAGAGCUAUUUGAAAUAUUGUUUCUUCUUUUCAUGCAAGGGAAUAUUCACAGGGCUGCACUGUACAACAGCAACCAUUCGUUACAUAUAAUUUUGAAUGUUUUUUUGUAUUGCUACAUCCACAUUUUAUUAGUUGCUCAUUACAAAAUACAUUCAGCUCAAACCAAACUGCACAUAGAGGUAGAGUAACAUAACGGGUCAAGCUUAAACAAACACAAAAGGGCAUAAAAUCUUGGGUAAUAUAAAGCAUGUGCAACAGUUGGUAUAAAUUACAUGCAAUAUUUGUCAGUGAAUAUAAUGCAUAUUAUAUUAUCAGAAUAAUAGAUCAGUCAUUUAUAGGUCACCUGAGAGCAAAAGGUUGAGCAAGGAUUGUUUAUUGAUUAUUUGUUAUGUUACAAUUUGAACUGAUUUAUUUUGAACACUUGGUCUUAGGCUUGGUCAAAGACUCUACAUUUUGUUGUCAUCUUUUGCAAUGCAUCUGUGCUUGUGAGAGAAUGUUGUAAGAGCCUACACACAUUGAGUCCUAACAGGAUUGAGGAUCCCCCACAAGGACUAUCUGAAUCUCCUCACAUGAAAAUGGUUCAAAUAUAAUGUGUUUUUGGUUGAUGAUGUUACAUGACUUUCAGCUGUUGUCUGGAUAGAAGUUAUUUUUCUGAUGCCUUUAAAUGAUGUAAUCAAAGUAUUUUUAUUAACACAUUGCGUCUGUUAAGAACACAACAAAGAUGUGAGGUUCACACUCCAAAAUCGAAAUAAAAACAAUGCAGAGAAUAUUUUUAUUUUAUAAAUUACUUAUGUAAAUAAGUAAGAUUUAUGUAUAAUUUCAAUGAUUUUCUUUGACAGAGGUUUAUAUUGAAUUACCAAAACAUUCGAUGGAAAAUAAACAAGUGUAUCUGUA